UAAUUUUACACGAAGAGUAGAUGUUUCCGGCUGCAGACUGCACCCGCAAUGCCCCAAAACGGAACCUGAACAACUUACAGCACAGAACAGAGCAGUAAACAAUGUAUUGCUGAAGGUUGUGGAUUAAGGAGUUCUUCGUCAUCAUGUUCUCCACAAGUACUCAGAGAAAAUACUGGACCUUCAGUGGUGAGACCGAGCUGGCCGCCACGAGAAGUGAGGCCAACAGCAAGUUUAUACAAACCCACGGCAGUCACAUGAUGGAGGAACAGAAACUCAAACACUUUCUCACUCCGGACGAGGAGAGAUUAAUCUGCCGGCAGAUAGAGCAUGUCCUGAAGGAGUUUUGUAACAUCUUCCAGCCUCCCAUGCCCAAGUGUGUACUGGGGACAUCAAUCUGCUACUUCAAGCGAUUUUAUGCCUCGACCUCCGCCAUGGACUACUACCCUAAGGAUAUAAUGUUGACAUGUGUAUACCUUGCAUGUAAGGUAGAGGAAUUCAACGUGUCCAUUGGCCAAUUUGUGGGGAACCUGAAAGGGGACCGCGAGAAAUUCUCCAAUAUCAUCCUUACUUUUGAACUACUGCUGAUGGGAAAACUACAUUACCACCUCACAGUACACAACCCCUACAGACCCCUAGAGGGCCUCCUUAUAGAUAUCAAGAGUCGCUGUAAGAUGAUAGAGGACCCAGAGAAACUGCGAGGGCAUGCUGAGGCCUUUGUCGACAAGUCUGUGGCACUUACGGAUGCAUGCCUCAUAUUUUCCCCAUCACAGAUCGCACUGGCUGCUAUCCUUACCAGCGCAGCCCAGGUUGGCAAAAACAUGGACAGCUACGUCACAGGGAUUUUACUACAGGGGGCAACAAAAGACGAGCUUGAGAAAACGAUAUACCAGAUAAAACGUUUAAAAUAUAUGGUGAAAUCACAGAAGCCAUUGGAGAAGGAACAGGUUGGACGUGUACAGAAAAAACUAUUGAAAUGUCGUAACCAGGACAACAACCCUGACAGUGAACAGUACAAAAGGAAGCUCCGGGAAAUGCUGGAUGAUGACGAGGACCAGCAGACAAUCAAACGUACCAAGAUCAGUGAGGAGGAGAAACGUCGAGACAAGGAACUGCUCGGAGUUCCCUGAAUUGUGACAGAAAUAAAAAUCAUACAGCAAUUCUUUUCGAAGGACAGACAACUAUCUUGUGACAACCCUAUUAAAAGAGUGUGUAAGACUGAACAAUCUUAUUGAUAGGACGCCGGUCCUUGUUAAUCCUGUGCAAUGGUAGACAAUCUAUGGUUAAACAACUUUGUUCAGUGAACAUAGAACUUUUGAGAGCAUUGUUGGAAGGGCAGACAACUCUUCACACUUCCCGGUUCAAAGGACAGACAACUCUUCACAAUCCUUUUCAAAGGACAGACAACUCUUCACAAUCCAUCAAGGAGCAGAGAUCAUUUUACUGUUCUGUUCAAAGAGCAGAUCACUCUACAUAACUCUCUUUAAAGGAUAAACGACUUUUCACAACCCUGUUCAAAGAGCAGACAUUGUUUCACAACCCUGUUCAAAGAGCAGAUAACUCUUCAUAAAUCUUUUCAAAGAAUAAACAACUCUCACAACCCCUUUACAGAGGACAGACAACUCUUCAAAAUACGGUCAAGGAGCAGACAUCAUUUUACAAUUCUGUUCAAAGAGCAGAUAACUCUUCAUAGCUCUCUUUAAAUGACUAACACCAUUUCACAACCCUGUUCAAAGGGGAGACAACUCUUCACAUCUUAACACACCAGUAAAAGACUCUUCUGCCCCAGAUCUGAUGCUGAUGGAGACACAAUUUAUCUAUCUUUAUAGUGCUUUUCAAGAUGGUGCUGUUAGGUAGCAAAUGUUGAGUUCAAAUAGCCACAGUUUCUCAAAACAAAUUGAAUAGGUGUUUGAACUAAUAUAGCCACACUUUAGCUCAAAAGCAAGCUUGCUCAACUGUUAUGUCCAGAAUGAAUGAAGAUAGCGAACAAGCACUAUUUGAUUCUGAGAAAUUAUGGUUGGAUUUUUUUUCUGUCUCUGCUGAAGACCGUCUGUGUUCAGUUGUGUUAGUGAUAUCGCUAGGUGUCCUUGUUACGUUUUUAUUAAAAAAUCAAACAUA